CUCAAGUGGAUAAUUUAUAAUUUUUGCCUAGUCUAGCUUCACGAACGGCGAUGGCUGCCCCUCCCCCUAUUCGCAGACACUGAUAAAGCCACGUAUCACUUGCGACGUGACGAUCCACGAAACCUUCAACGCUGGGGCUUGGAUAUCUCACGUUCUGCCCCAACUCUCGCUCCCGCCGGUGCGGCUUGAUCGUUGCAUCAAUAUCAUCGAGAAGAGAGCUGGAGCCAGCUAUCACUGGUCAUUGAACUGUCGCGUGCGGAGGAUGCUGGUACUGCCCGUCCUGCUCCACCCAUUAUCGAUCUGACAUCUGCUUCCUCAAGCUCCCGCGCAGCGCCAAUCAGAUGGUGAACCAGAAGAGCUGAUAUACGCUCGUCUUCGCGCAGUCCAUAAUACCCAGUUCGACUUCGACUCAAUAGCUCUCAGCAGUCCCCCCUCAAUCCGUGAACUUUCGUCGUUUCCAGUCGCCGUCCGCCAUGUCAAUUGAAUCUUCAUGGGUUGUGAUCGCUCUCAUUACCCCAUUCCUUUUCACAGCUUUUUGGACGCUCUCCGCCACCGGCUCCCCUUUCACUGCGUCCUUUCGAACCCUGUACAAUAAGCGCAUAUGUCUGCUCAUCGCGCAUCCCGACGAUGAGGCCAUGUUCUUCUCGCCAACAGUGUUGGCGCUUACUAGACCGGAGCUUGGGAACCAUGUGAAGAUAUUGUGUUUGAGCACAGGCGACGCAGAUGGGUUAGGGGAGACGCGCAAGAAAGAAAUCCAGAAAAGCGCCGUCCAUCUGGGACUCCGCCACGAAUCCGACGUUUUUGUCAUUGACGACCGAUCGCGAUUCCCCGACAGUAUGACAACGGAAUGGUCUACACGCGAUAUCUCAGCCCUCCUCGCAUCCGCAUUCGCUCCCGAGCUCUCCUCUUCCAAAAACCACAGCAGCGCCAACGGAAACGGUCACGCAGCAGAAAACGGCCCAAAAGCUACAAUCGACGUCAUUCUCACCUUUGACGAGCACGGAGUCAGCAACCACCCCAACCACCGAUCCCUCUACCACGGCGCCGUUGCGUUCCUGAAAUCGUUGAUGAAAGACAAAAGCGGGUAUUCUUGCCCCGUGGCAUUAUACACAUUAACAACCACCAACAUUGCGCGGAAAUAUUCCGGAAUUUUCGAUUUUCCGCUGACCAUGUUGCUUGGCGCUGUCAAUACUAUUAGGGACUCGCUGGGACCAUCGAAAUCGGCGUCGUCUUCAAAGGACGCGGAUUUUGCGAAUCGUCUUUUGUAUGUUAGUUCGUUUAAUCAAUGGGCUCGCGCGCGGACGGCCAUGACUGAUGGUCAUAAGAGUCAGAUGCUCUGGUUUCGAUGGGGCUGGAUCACCAUUGGACGAUAUAUGUUUGUGAAUGAUUUGAAGCAAGAGAGAAUUUGAUUGUUUUGAGAUAUUCCUGUAUAUACAUACACACCGCUUACUGCGAUGAUUUUGUAUCAUCAAUUUACUAACAGAACAUAAAUAAUUUACGGUACAAUUUUAGAUUUUAA